CCACUACACUCGAGACUGAACACUUUACACUUUCUCAUCCUCUCGACUAUCAGCAAUGGCUCGUACCAAGCAGACCGCCCGCAAGUCCACUGGUGGCAAGGCCCCUCGUAAGCAGCUCGCCGCCAAGUCUCGCAAGACUCAGGCACCGACCGCAACCGGUGGUGUCAAGAAGCCUCACCGCUUCCGCCCCGGUACCGUCGCCCUUCGUGAAAUUCGUCGCUACCAGAAGUCGACCGAGCUGCUCAUCCGCAAGCUCCCCUUCCAACGUCUUGUUCGUGAGAUUGCCCAGGAUUUCAAGACGGACCUCCGCUUCCAAUCAUCGGCGGUCAUGGCCCUCCAGGAAGCUGCCGAGGCGUAUCUCGUCUCCCUCUUCGAGGACACCAACCUCGCCGCUAUCCACGCCAAGCGUGUCACCAUCCAACCAAAAGACCUUGCCCUUGCUCGCCGUCUCCGUGGAGAGCGUGCAUGAGUUCUCGUCCAUUUGUAUUCCGGAGUUGGGGGCAACAUAGACCACACACGCAGGGAUGUGUUGUACUUGUUAUUGUAUCAAUACUGCAGACUAUUAUAAUUUCUC